GCGCGGGCCUCUCGCAGGCCUCACAGGCGACGAGCCUGCCGGCGGAUGGGAAGACAACGUGAGAGGCCUCAUGUGGCUCUCCCACUCUGCGCAGCGGCUGAGCCUUUGGCCGUCGGGGAAGCGUUGGCGCUUGCCUCUGUAGCCUCGGUCGGAGCUUUGGCAGCUUGGCUGCUGGUCACGAGCAAAAACAAGUUAAGCAACAGUGAAGAAAGUGGAACCUCAUCAGCCUUUGCGGCUCUGCGGCGUAAGAGGCAUCUCGCAGAGAUGCCAGGGGUUGCAGAUGACCAGCAGACUCGGCUCUCCAUGGGGACGCACAUGACCUCCAGCGCAGGGAGUGCUCUACAGUCCCUGAUGAGCAAGCCUGGGGGUGCGAAAGGCACCAAAGGCAGUGGAGCUGGGGGAUCUCAGAACCAAGCUGGAGGCAGCCCAGGCACGGCACCUCCCAUGGCAGCCAGGUCCAAAGCAACAGACCAGAAAACGGUCGUGUCAAGUGCGACACAGCUAAAUGCAUCUUCCAAAGCUGGAGCUCUCCUCUCGUCGCUCGUGCAGAAGCCCGGGAAUGCGCAGGCAAGCUCCGGCGCAGCAACAAAGUCCGUGGAGGGCCGCGAGACGGCGAAACCGACCCACAGCGACCGCGCCUUGGAGGAAGCAGAGGCGAAGGUGCCUCUCCUUGGUUCAGAUGUGACCACGCCAACCAUCGGCAUCGCCAUUGGCACUCAGGUAGUCGACCGGGGCGUGAGCCCAUGGGGUACUGCUUGUGAUGGUGCCCGAGCUCUGUCGGUGAUUGGCGCAGUUUUCAUCGUGCUGCUUCUUGCUGUGAUUGCCGGUGUUGUCUUUUUGGUGAAGCCGCAUGGAACGGAGCCUUCAACACAACAGCUGCGAAAGGGGACGCCUGAGGCCCGACGAGAGCAUGCGCACGAUGCACACGCUUCAAUGCCCAGAACGGGAGUUUCCUCUGAAGAAUCGCAUCGCCAACAUCGUAUCUCCACGAGCCAUCCGCAGAUCAUUGCCGCAAGCCAUUCACAGCGGGUCAGCACAAGUCAACCACAGGUGCAUGAACGCUCCGAACCGCGGCCAAAGCUCCAGCCGAAGAAGGAGGCGAAGUCUGCGAAGGUCGAAGUGCCGCCGUUUUCGACACGGAUUGGUGAGGCUGAGCAUGUUGGGAAUUUUAACUGCAACGAGGAUGAGGAGUCUCAUCUGCGUUAUUGGUCUGCUGAACACGUAGAGUACUGCUGUGUAAAUGCGGACAUUGGCUGCGACGUGCUCCCCGCAGCUGGAGAAUGUGACAGCCCAGAUGCUCUGACUGAUUGGAGCUCCUGGGCAGACACCUGCAACAAGUGCGGUGGCGGAGUGAAGACACGACGACGCAGGUUUGCCGCUGACUAUUCUCACUGCGAAGUCAGCCAGCAGAGCAGGAGAGUGAAGUUUCUUGACACGAUGCCUUGCCAUGAAGCGAGCGUUGAAGAGUUCGUGUCAGCAUGGUCUGGAUGGGGCGACUGCAGCGUCACCUGUGACGACGGAUACCGAGAACGAGUCCGAGAAAUGACACCUCUUGCUCUCGAGUGCCGUCUUGAGUUUCCUCUCAGAGAGACGACGCCAUGCUCCAGGCCAAGCUGCCGUUUCUGA